AUGGCGCCAUCAUCAUCCAAGGAGGAGCUGGAUCCCGAGCACCCAAAUCCAUGCUAUCCGCGUGCCUGCGCGAUCCAAUCGUGCCUGCAAAAGUCGGGCUUCGACCAGGCUCGGUGCGAGCACCUCAUAGACGACCUGUACCGAUGCUGCGCCAAGUUCUACCGCCAGCGCGGCACCGAUGCUGAGGCCGACAGCUGUCCGAUCCCUUCGGUCGUCGACCGAAGAAUACGUCGCAUGGAGCAGGAGGGCAAGGGCGGCGCCGGCGGGUCGUUGCUAGAGACCAAGAAGCGUUGA